UGUGAUUGGUCGGUUCUAAGGCCGGGGCAGACCGUUGCAGGACUGCUCAUCGUGCUUAGCGGACACUGAAAAAGACGGGAUUGGUUGCUGGAGUGUUCUACCGCUUCUCAUUGGCCGCCGCGCGGCGGCCGCUCGGGGCUCGCGCGCUGCGCUCCGGUGACGUUGACGUGACGACGCAGCGAGCGGCCUGGCCUGCUUCCCAAGAUGGCGGCGCGCAGAGCGCGGGGGCCGCGCUGUCGUUAAGAGGCCCGGUGCUCCACACCGCUCUGCUGUCCCGCGCGAGGCCUGUACUGAAGCUCCUAACCAGAAACUUUUCUGAAAACUUAACCAAGCAAGAACAGUUCUGUUUUAAUAAAUGAAGGAGAAUAAAGAAAAUUCCAGCCCUUCUGUAAACUUGGCAAAUCUGGACCAUACAAAGCCAUGCUGGUACUGGGAUAAGAAAGAUUUGGCGCAUACACCUUCACAGCUUGAAGGGCUUGAUCCAGCCACCGAGGCACGGUACCGCAGGGAGGGGGCCAGGUUCAUAUUUGAUGUGGGAACACGUUUAGGGCUACACUAUGAUACUCUAGCAACUGGAAUCAUUUACUUCCAUCGGUUUUAUAUGUUCCAUUCCUUCAAACAGUUCCCAAGAUAUGUGACAGGAGCCUGCUGUCUCUUCCUGGCAGGGAAAGUUGAAGAAACACCUAAGAAAUGUAAAGAUAUAAUUAAAACAGCCCGUAGCUUGCUAAAUGAUGUACAGUUUGGACAAUUUGGAGAUGAUCCAAAGGAAGAAGUGAUGGUCCUUGAAAGAAUCCUACUACAAACAAUAAAGUUUGAUUUGCAAGUGGAACAUCCAUACCAGUUCCUUCUCAAGUAUGCUAAACAACUCAAAGGAGACAAAAAUAAAAUUCAGAAGCUGGUUCAAAUGGCAUGGACAUUUGUCAAUGACAGCCUUUGCACUACUCUGUCACUGCAGUGGGAACCUGAGAUCAUUGCUGUUGCAGUUAUGUACUUAGCAGGCCGGCUGUGUAAGUUUGAAAUACAGGAGUGGACUUCAAAACCAAUGUACAGACGAUGGUGGGAGCAGUUUGUCCAAGAUGUUCCUGUUGAUGUUUUGGAAGACAUCUGUCACCAGAUACUGGAUCUGUACUCGCAGGGAAAACAGCAAAUGCCUCAUCAUACUCCUCAUCAGCUGCAGCAGCCACCAUCUCUUCAGUCUACACCUCAGACACCUACAGUGCAACAAUCACAGCAGUCCCAGGGUUCAGAGCAAUCGCAGACUCAGCAGCAAAAAGAGUCACAGCAGUCAUCACAACAGCAGCAGCAGCAGCAGCAAACACAAGCACAGCAACCUAAAAAGCCUUCUCCCCAGCCAAGUCCUCCUAGACAGAUUAAAAGACCAGCAGCCGUCUCUCCGAAAGAAGAAACAAAGACAACAGAACCACCACCACCAUCCAAAAUUCCCAAAAUCGAAACUUCACAUCCACCAAUACCUCCUCCACAUCCACCUCCAGAGCGCAAGCCUCCUUUGACAAGUGCAGUUUCCAUGGGAGAAGCAGAGCAAUCUACUGCUGUGGACUCGGUCGAUAUGCCGAAGGUCCAGAUUCCUCCCCCCGCUCAUCCUGCCCCGGUGCAUCAACCUCCUCCUCUGCCGCAUCGCCCCCCGCCCCCGCCCCCCACCAGUUACAUUACGGGGAUGUCUACUACAAAUUCGUACAUGUCAGGGGAGGGUUAUCAAAGCCUUCAGUCCAUGAUGAAAACAGAAGGACCAACUUACGGAGCUCUGCCACCGGCCUACGGACCGCCGGCUCACCUGCCGUACCACCCUCAUGUCUAUCCUCCCAAUCCCCCGCCACCGGUUCCCCCUCCGCCUCCCGCAUCGUUCCCUCCCCCCAACAUCCCACCUCCUACUCCUGGAUACCCUCCCCCACCUACAUACAAUCCUAAUUUCCCACCUCCCAGGCUGCCUCCCACCCAUGCGGUGCCACCUCACCCACCACCUCCAGGGCUGGGAAUGCCCCCGGCCAGUUAUCCCCCGCCCGCCGUUCCCCCAGGCGGGCAGCCCCCCGUACCGCCUCCAAUCCCCCCACCCGGGAUGCCGCCCGUAGCAGGACUUGGACGUGCUACGUGGAUGAGAUAGCAUGAGGUGAUUGGCACGGGAUCCCUUGGUGUUGAGCGGGCAGGAGGAGCUAGCCAAAAGCCUGCUUUGUAAAGACGGGGAGGGUAAUUUGUAUAAUUUAGAUGAAGAAAUGAGACGGUGAAAUGAAAAUUUAGCUGACCUGUUUGCAGUCUUGUUUAUGGUGAGUUAUAUAGGCUUCUAGAUUUUAAUGAGCUUUGCAGUAUCUAUUCUAACUUUAUACAUUUGUCUUAAGUUUAAAUUGUCUGAGUUAUUCCAGCACUGGAUUACUUUGUACUAGCAAAAACCUUAACCAGCCAUAUUGGCUCAAUUGUAUCAGUAAGAAGUAAAUUUCCUUCUAGAAAUCAGUGCCUAUUUUUGAGUAUCAGAAUAGCCAGAUACCAUGGAAUUUCAUCUAUAAUAAGAAACUUCAUUUUUAGUAAUAAUUAAAAACAACACAAUGUCGAGCAUAAAAGCUACUUUAUUUAAAGAGAGAUUCUGAAUGCUGACUGACUGGAAUCGUUUUGAGGUGUUUGCCUUGCUGAUAUUUUUGUUUUGGAAUGUACUGGUAUCUUAAAGUAUUGUUAUGUUUACACCUAUUUACAAAUUCCUGUACAUAAUAUAUAUAUUUUCUAAGUGUGAAAGUCUGAAUGUAACAACCUACUGUGAUGUACAUCCUGGUUAUAAGUGGGACUAACUCCAUUCACGUCAUCUACCCAAAUAAAAUUGGUUCUGAACUCA